GGUUCUCACUGGAUUUAUUGGGUUUAUUACAUCUAUCGGAUUUAUUGAAUUAUUUUACAACCCUUUGCAUUCACAAACAGCUGGAAAAUGAUUCCAAAGUUUCGGGGGAUUUACAAGAUGGCGUGUGCAGUGCUGUUUAUAUUUGUUGUAAUGAUGAACAUGUUUAAAGAAGGAAAUACUGACAUUAAAGAACUGGAGAGCAUUGAGAAGAAAUCAUUAUAUAAUUGGAAAGAGAAUCAGGAAAUAUCAGAUGAGGCACCAUUAGCACCAGUGUAUGUUCAGGAAGAAACUAGAACAUGGGACUGCAGCGCUAACCUGAACGUAACUUUAGAAGAAGAUUUCUCUGCUCUAGAGCCAAAUGUUCAACAGUUUUUGCUGUACAGACACUGUAGAUAUUUCCCCAUGAUUAUGAACCAUCCAGAAAAGUGUUCUGGAGAUGUUUACUUGCUUAUUGUCAUAAAAUCUAUCAUAACACAGCAUGACCGGCGUGAAGUGAUCCGGCAGACUUGGGGAAAAGAGCAGGUCAUAGAUGGCAAGAAAACAAAGACACUCUUUCUUUUAGGAAAGUCAUCAAAUGAAAUGGAAAAAGAGAACCACCAAAAGCUUCUGGAAUACGAGGAUUACAUCUAUGGUGACAUUCUGCAGUGGGAUUUCAUGGACACAUUUUUUAACCUCACUUUGAAAGAGACCCACUUCCUGAAAUGGUUCUUCACUUAUUGUGGGAAUGUGCAGUACAUCUACAAAGGUGAUGAUGAUGUCUUUGUAAGUGUGGGAAACAUUCUGGAGUAUCUGGAAAGCUGCAUGACCGUAAAAGACCUGUUCGCCGGAGAUGUUCUCAUGAAAGCCAAACCCAUCCGACGUAAGACUAACAAGUAUUAUAUUCCAGAAACACUGUAUAACAAGACAUAUUACCCACCAUAUGCAGGGGGAGGAGGAUUUCUAAUGGAUGGACCACUGGCACGAAAGCUCUACUGGGCAUCUGAAACUCUGGAUCUGUAUCCUAUUGAUGAUGUUUUUCUCGGCAUGUGUUUGGAGGUGCUGCAUGUCACACCUAUUAAACAUGACGCAUUUAAAACAUUUGGCCUCCUAAAGGAUAAAAAGAGCAAACUCAACAAAGAGCCAUGUUUCUAUAAGAGCAUGAUUGUGGUGCACAAACUUCUUCCUCAAGAACUUCUUGACAUGUGGCGCUUGGUAAACAGUGACCUAGUUUGUACCCAGAAAAUGAAACCGUUUAUUCAAAAAGCAGAAACAGAAGCACAGAAUUUAUAGUAGAAACUGAGAGUUAAAUGUAUGAAUGUGCAAUGGUGCAGCGAUAAAAUGGUGUCUUCCUAAAAUUUUGCUGUGCAACAGUGAAAAUAAUCACACAAUUACAAAAAAAUCAUGUGUUUACAAAAGUCAAUCAGUAAAAGCUCCUUACCUAGCCUCACAGACUCAUUUUCUAAGACAAAAAGUUUUUUAUGCCGAGUGUGACUGAAUUAAGCCUAAAACUGGCUGCAAGAACUUUUAUACAUCUAACCCUUAAAUUAGGAAAUGUUCUUAUAGAAAAUGUUUUAAUGUAUGUACUGUAACAAAUGUGAGAGAUUCAUGUUUGCUGCAUCCUGAUGUGGCAUCACGUCUGUUUAUAAAUAACUAAGUUAACAGUUGAAUGUUAACAAGACUAAUUCAGCUAAAGUCACAUUCUGAUGUAUGUAGCAUGUAGCAAACACAUUAUCUGAAGCAAUUAUGACCGAGUACAAUUUGACCAAUUGAAGGUUAAGAGUCUUGCUCAGGGGAUCAUCAGUAGCAACUUGAUGGUGGGGCUUGAACUGGCAAUGUUCUGAUUAUUAGUUCACUACCUUAACUGCUGAGCUACCACUGUCCAGUGGUGCCAAAUAUACAACAUACACUCAAGAAAUGAUACUGUAAUUUCUUUAGAAUUUUAAUCCAUUUACAGCAGGUGGAAAACUGUUAUUAUAUACAAAUAAAAUAGAAUUCUUGCCUAUACAUUUUAAAAAAGGGACCACUGGCAAAAACUAACUUUGUUUAUUGGAUCUGAAAUGUUUGUAAAACAAGGAAAUGAGAAAUGUUGUAGUGUGUU